AAAUUGCUAGGGGUAGAAAUGGCUGCCAGCGGCCGAGGUCUCAGCAGGGCCUUGCACUCCUCUGCUGGUCCGGCUUGGAAACGAGCUCAGUCGGGAGCCAAGGGGCGCCUGAAGCCCGAGUACGACGCCGUGGUGAUAGGAGCAGGACACAAUGGGCUGGUGGCUGCAGCGUAUCUCCAGAGACUGGGGGUGAACACCGUGGUCUUCGAGAGGCGCCAUGUGAUUGGGGGUGCCGCUGUCACUGAGGAGAUUGUUCCAGGAUUCAAGUUUUCUCGAGCAUCUUAUCUCCUCAGCCUACUGAGGCCACAGAUUUACACGGACCUGGAGCUGAAGAAACACGGGCUGAGGCUUCAUCAGCGAGAUCCCUACUCCUUCACCCCCAUGCUGGAAGAUGGUACCCUGAGCAAGGUGCCCAGGUCCCUUCUGCUGGGCACAGACAUGACUGAAAACCAGAAGCAAAUCUCUCAGUUCUCACGGAAGGACGCUCAGGCCUUUCCCAGGUACGAGGAGUUCAUGAAACGCUUGGUGCUAGCCAUUGACCCCCUGUUGGAUGCAGCCCCAGUGGACAUUGCAGCCUUCCAGCACGGCUCCCUGCUACAGAAGUUCAGGGCACUGUCCACCCUGAGGCCCCUGCUAAAGGCAGGGCGCACCCUGGGAGCCCAGCUCCCCCAGUACUAUGAGGUUCUCACAGCCCCCAUUUCUAAGGUGCUGGACCACUGGUUUGAGUCUGAGCCUCUGAAGGCUACUCUGGCAACCGACGCCGUGAUCGGAGCAAUGACAAGUCCCCACACUCCAGGGAGUGGGUAUGUCCUGCUGCACCAUGUGAUGGGCUGCCUGGAGGGGAUACAGGGUGCCUGGAGCUACGUCCAGGGUGGCAUGGGUGCCCUCUCUGAUGCCAUUGCAAGCUCAGCUACUACACAUGGAGCGACUAUCUUCACAGAAAAGACUGUGGCUAAGGUGCUGGUGAGCAGUGAAGGACGCACUCGAGGAGUGGUGCUGCAGGACGGCGAGGAGGUCAGGAGCAGAGUGGUCUUGUCCUGUGCAUCGCCGCAAGUCACUUUCUUGGAGCUGACACCACAGGAUUGGCUUCCUGGAGCCUUUGUGAAGAGAAUCUCCCAGCUGGACACACAGUCUCCUGUUACAAAGAUCAACGUGGCUGUAGACAGGCUGCCCAACUUCCAAGCAGCCCCCAAUGCUCCCAGGGAGCAGGCACAGCCUCACCAUCAGUGUUCCAUCCACCUGAACUGUGAAGAUACUCUGCUCCUCCACCAGGCCUUUGAAGAUGCCAAGGGUGGCCUGCCUUCCCAAAGGCCCAUGAUUGAGCUCUGCAUCCCUUCAUCGCUGGACCCCACCCUAGCUCCACCAGGCUGCCAUGUGGUCUCCCUCUUCACUCAGUAUACACCCUACACCCUGGCAGGAGGCAAGGUCUGGAAUGAGCAGGAGAAAAACACCUACGCAGACAAAGUGUUUGACUGCAUCGAGGCCUACGCCCCUGGCUUUAAGAGUUCUGUGCUGGCCAGAGACAUCCUCACCCCACGGGAUCUAGAGAGAAUCUUCGGCCUUCCUGGAGGGAACAUAUUCCACGGUGCCAUGUCCCUGGACCAGCUCUACUUUGCCCGCCCGGUGCCCCAACACGCUGACUACAGAUGCCCUAUCCAGGGCCUGUACCUCUGUGGAAGCGGGGCCCAUCCUGGAGGAGGCGUCAUGGGAGCGGCCGGCCGGAAUGCAGCCCAUGCAGUCUUUAGGGACCUCAAAAGCAUGUGAUGCUGGACCAGCUCUGACCAUGGGGACAAGUCUUCCCUGUACUUCUGAGCCACCUAUCAGCCCACCCCCCACCC